GCCCCGCGGCGGGGGGGGUCCUGAUUACCUCAGCCGCAGCGGCCGUUCGCGUUCGGGCCCGUUCGGAUCCCGUUCGGAUCCCAGUUAAACCCAGUUUAAAUCCCAUUUAAACCAGUUUAAAUCCAGUUUAAACCCAGUUUAGGUCCAGUUUAAAGCCGUUCGGGAGCGUUGGCAGGAACGGGACAGGCCCCGGCCCGGCCAUGGCGGAGGAGCCGCUCCCGGUGCUCGUCAAGACCCUGGACUCACAGACCCGGAGCUUCGAGGUGGAGCCGGAGAUCUCAGUGCGGGAUUUCAAGGCUCACAUCUCCAGCUCUGUGGGAAUUGCUCCAGAGAAGCAAAGACUCAUUUACCAGGGGAGGGUCCUGCAGGAUGAGAGGCGGCUCAGGGAGUACAGGUCCUGCAGGACGAGCGGCAACUCAGGGAAUACAGUGAGUGUGGGGUCAAUGGGUGGGGGAGGGGGGGGCCCCCCCCGUGGGCCCGACCGCAACCCCAACAGCUACGUCAUGGUGGGAACCUUCAACCUGCCCAUCGAUGGCUCCUCCGUUGACGUCCACAUCAACAUGGACCAGGGGCCUGUGCAGAGUGAGCCUCGUCUGCGGCUCCUGGUGGCCCAACACAUGCUGAGGGACAUCCAGAGCAUCCUGCAGCGCCUCGAGGCCCCCCCCGAGGACCCCCCCGAGGAGCACUUGGAAGCAGCCCCAGCCCCUGAGGACCCCCCCGAGCCCCCCCCAGCCCCGGAGCUCAACACCAGCCCCCCCUCCCCCUCGGAGCUGGUGUCAGUGCUGGAGGAGCUCAGGCGCCUGGAGGGGAGACUGGAGCCCUAUAGGCUGCGAUACCUGGAGAUCCUGGGGAGCGCAGGCUCUGCUGACUACAACAACAAUGCCCCCGGCCUGGCUGCCGCCCAGCGCCUGGUAUCCCUGGUGGGGGAGGGGCAGCGGUUGCUAGGCAACGCUCUGGCCGCCCUGGCUGACCUGCGCUGUGACCUCGGCAUGACCCCGCCCCGCCCCCUGCUGCUCGCUCGCCCCGCCCACGGCCCCGCCCCCCCGCCGGCCCCGCCCCCCCUGCUGCUGCAGCAGGCGGCUAUUCCCAUCCAGAUCAACGUUGGCACCACCGUGACCAUGACCGGGAAUGGGGGGGGCCGAGCCCCUCCCCCACCCCCCUCGGGCCCUGUGGAGCCCCCCCCGGGCCCCUCCCCCACCCCCCCCACCCCCCCCAGCCCCGGGGACCCCCCCCCACCGGAGGGGCCUCCCCCUCCCCCUCCCCCCGGGCCCCCCCCACGUGUGAUCCGGAUCUCACACCAGAGUGUGGAGCCUCUUGUGCUGAUGCACAUGAACAUCCCAGACUCAGGGGCACAGGCAGGGGGGGGCACGAGCGCCCCCCCUGGGCAUGGCCUGGGCAUGGGUCCGUCUCCGCUGCAGCUGCCUCCUCUGCCCCCCGAGUUCCUGCAGGCUGUGGCUCAUCAGAUCACACAGCAGGCGGUGGCUGCGGCUGCCUCUGCGGCCACAGGCCAGGCUAUGGGGGGUUUCCAGCCCCCCACCCGCGUGGUCAUCGCCCGCCCCACAGCCCCUCCCCCGCGCCCCACACAUCCCGGAGCCCCCCAAGCGGCUGCCACCAACCCGGCCCCCGCGGGGGGGGCGUCGCUGGCUCAGGUCAUCAGUGGCCUCGUGGGGCAGCUCCUGAUGCAGCCGCUGGUGCUGGCCCAGGGUGGCUCCUCCCCCCCUGCCCCUCCCCCCUCCUCAGGCCCCUCCCCCCCGCAGGGAGGGGCUCCGGGGGGGCCGGUCCCGGCGGCCUCGGCCCCGCCCCCCCAGGCCCCGCCCCCCUCCGAGGAGCAGCCAAUGGCAGCGCUGCUGGGGGGGCUGCUGGGGGCGGGGCCGGCGCCUGUUGCCAUGGCGAUGGCGGUGACGAGGCCCCGCCCCCUCCGAGCGAAGCCCCGCCCCCUGCGAUGGAAGCCCCGCCCCCAGCGGAGGAGGCCACGCCCCCCGGCGGGGGGGGGGGGGGACGCUCUGCCCCCCGAGUUCUUCACGUCGGUGGUCCAGGGGGUCCUGGCCGCCAUGUUGGGGCCUUUGGGGGCCCCUCCCCCCGGCCCCCCCGAGAGCAUCGGAGCCUUCCUGCAGCGGCUGAGCGGGGGGGGGGCCCCUGGGUCCAUAGGGUUCCUGUGCUCUCUGCUGUCCCUCAUCACCCAUCACCUGUCUAUGGUGGAUGUGGUUCUGCUGCUCCAUGGCCGCUGCCAUCCCCUGCAGCGGCUGCAGCCUCUGCUCCGGGUCUGCUUCAGGCAGCGGUUCCUGGGGGGGGCAGAGCCCAGUGCCAGCAACGUGCGAGCUGCGACCCACAACCUCAUUAUGGGGCUGGAGGACUUCAUCCGGGAGAGCUUCGCCGGGGUGCGCGUGGCCGAGGGGGUCGACAUCACCCGAACCAAUGUGGAGUUCCUGCAGGAGCAGUUCAACCGCAUUGCAAUGCACGUGCUGCGCUGCACCG